AUGGAGUACAGGAAUGAGAAAAACACGAACACAAAGUUUGAUAGGAAGGUUUUGCCUUUUCAUCCUAAAAGGCAACCUAUUAUUGAGCAUGGAAGUGCCAGGGAUCAUACUAAUCUAUACAAGAGGGGACAUUUGGAAAAUACAUUAUCAUCUUCAAAUACAUUGCUCGCUAAUCCAAAUACACAGAAUUAUAUGGAAUCUGAAACAUCCUUGCCGUUUGACAAAAACCUUGAGAGUGAUUACUCUGACGAUGAAGACUAUGAUCUAAACUUCAGAAUUUCAGAUGUUGUAUCCAUAAGGGAUCCUGAUUUCAGAGCUGAAAUGCAACCAUGUCCUGGGCAACCUGCACAGCACUUGAAUCAGCAGUUACAAGUACGCCAGCAAGAUAUACCCACAAAUCUUCAGAUCAGUACUGAGAGCUUUGCUGCCUUAAAUAAAAACCCCAUCAGUGCAUUCAUGGAAUAUGGUCAGUGUAGGCAUACACCUGCUAGAAUAGAAGUCUUAAGCCAGAGAGGACCACCUCAUAAGCCUGUUUUUACCAUUGCUGCUGUGCUUGGAACUAGAGUUUUUCCUGGUAUCACAAGCAGUAACAAAAAAGAUGGGAAAAAGGAUGCUGCUGAACAAGCCAUAAGGAUACUUAUAGCUGAAGGGCAGUACAACAUGCCAGUUAAUUCUAAUGUGAUAAGCAUUCCAGAAUCCAGUAUGACUCAGUUUGAUAAAAUUGCGGCAUUAACACAUCACAAGUUCAACCAGUUAAUUGCCACAAUUCCUGAAAGUCUUGUUGGCCGCAAAGUUAUUGCAGGGUUAAUAAUGAAGGUCAAUGAUGCAGACACAGGAACUGUUAUUGCUCUUGGUUCUGGCAAUCGCUGCAUUACAGGAGACAAACUAAGCCUGAGAGGUCUGACGGUUAAUGAUAGUCACGCUGAAAUCAUUACUCGCAGAGGAUUUCUUCGGUUUUUGUACUACCAGUUAAAGACCUAUAAUCCAAGUAAAGAUCACCCUUUGUUCGAGAAGUCACCAACGGGCAAACUGAGAAUCAAACAUACUGUCACAUUUCAUUUGUACAUUUCAACCGCCCCAUGCGGAGAUGGAGCUCUCUUUUCUCCAAGAGAUGUUGAAUCCAAUAAUGUAACAUUAACUGACUCCUGCAGCAUACAUAGACCAACAUUUGAAACAAAUGUCCAGGGCGUGCUAAGAACUAAAAUGGAAGGAGGUGAAGGCACAAUACCUGUAGAUCCAGAAAAGCCUGUUCAGACUUGGGAUGGAAUUGUCAGAGGAGAGCGACUUCGUACAAUGUCCUGCAGUGAUAAAAUAUGUCGCUGGAAUGUUCUAGGCUUGCAGGGAGCACUGCUAGCUAAUAUCCUAGAUCCCAUCUAUUUGAGUUCUAUAACCUUAGGUUUUCUGUUUGAUGCAGGCCAUCUAAGCCGGGCUGUGUGUUGUAGACUAAAUCGUGGUGACCCACCACUGGACAGUAGUCUGCCUCCUCCAUAUCAUCUAAAUCAUCCUGUGCUGGGGCGUGUAACAGCAUGUGAUGCUACGAGGGAGACUCAAAAAACAAAAUCAUACAGUAUCAACUGGAUGAUUGUAGAUGAUAAACCUGAGAUUAUUGAUGGUUGUCAAGGGGCAUGUUACACAGGGGAUAAAAAUGAACCACCUCAACCGUCCCGAUUGUGCAAGAAGAACAUGUUUGAUAAUUUCCGCCAGACAUGCCAAGCAUUAAAACACAGAGAGUUUCUUAGUGUAUCAUUGUAUUCUGUGGCUAAGACAAUGAGUCCUGAGUUCCGACAGGCAAAGGCAGCAAUGAUACAAAAAUUCAGAACUACAAAUUGUGGUGUUUGGUUGGGUAAACCCGUUGAAGAGGAAAUGUUUGCCUAA